AUGGCUCCAGGACAUCAUAUUCACAAUGAAAACAGCGGCGUGGCGGAAGAUGUUGACGCCGAUGAACACUUGGACAUCCACGAGCAAGAAUUACAAAUCCAGUCGGAGCGCAUUAUUCAGAUAAUGCACUCGAUGGUUCACAAUAUGGAAGUUGCUGCUUGUUUACCACAAUUACUGGAUCGUCAAGAUAUUCUUCAGGAGCAUUUAACAGAAGCGCAAUUGCAGCAAGUCAACACCGCUUGUGCUAAAUAUCUCGGAAUGCCUAGUCCCAUACAUAAGACUUCAACCUACCAGUGGAUGGUAAGAAGUACUGCUACAUAUCAAAAAACAGAUCCAAAGGUUGAUCCAAAGCUUGCAGCAGCUCUUGAUAUUAUUAUUAAUUGUGAAUCGCUCAAGCCAUUCAUUGAAUCAUUACUGGACAAAGUCUCAGAUGCUGCACGCGUUUUCUUAGAUCACUUAAGACAAUUAAAUAAAAUUGCUAUUGAUCGACUGGGUAUCACUGCACAAGAAGAAGCUGAUCGCGAAAAAAAGUUGCGCCUGGCUUGGAAAAAUAAUGAAAGGACGAAAGCUCAGAUAUUUGAGGUAACUCAGAAGUUGCAAGAACAACGAACUAGACUACAUAAAAGCUUAAAGGAAAAAGAAAAAAUCGUAAAAGAACAUAAAGCGACAAUUGCCAUGAUAAAUGAAAAAUGUGAUCGGGAAACUUUCAGAAGAGUAAAGGAAUCAGAAAGGGAUAUGAUGUUGGAUAGUAAAGCAAGUGAAGAACGACAAGAAAUAUUGAAUGAAGAAGCUAGAGUGGCCCAAGAGCAGUAUGAUAAAUUAGUAGAGCAGCAUCUGACUACUGAAAACGAUUUACGCACUAAAAAGACAAAAAUUGAAUCUCAAUUAAUAAGUUGGUUGAACAAGUACGACACAGAUAUUGGUGAGCGUCAGAAGGAACUAGAUGAAAUUAAUGGAGAAUAUGAGGCGGACAAGGCAGAAUAUGAUAAACUACAGGAAAUGUUCGAGAAACAAGAAAUUGAAUACAAUAUCCUCAUGGCUGAAAAGGAAGAAGAGGAGCGUAAAGAAAUGGAAGCCAAAUUGUAUGCCUUCUUAUGCCACCGUGCCCAAAGGAGAAUUCAGCAAGCUUGGAAGGCUUAUAAACAACGGAAAAUAGACAGAAAGAAGGAAAAAGCUCUUCGCAUUCAAAAGAUGAAGGAACUGAAGGCGUUGGCUAAAUUAGAAAAGCAACAGAAAGCCGCAGAGAAAAAGAAGGAGGAUAGUAUAGAUAUAGCAGAGACAUAA